AUGUCGGCUAAACUUUUGAUGCCGCUGAUGCGGAAAAUGUCGCCUGCGAAUUCCGUCGUGCAGAAAAGCACCGAAUCUCUUUCGUCCACACCCUCGACAACAAGUUCAUCAUCAUCAUCGACAUCAUCAUCAUCAUCAUCGUCGUCGUCGUCAUCAUCAUCAUCAACAGCGACACUGUUCAGCAAAGAUCGCUAUCGUCUCGUUUUCAUGGGCAGUGGAGGAGUCGGAAAAUCGGCGUUGAUUUCUCGCUUCCUCUACGAUUCCUUCCCAUUGCGCUACAAGCCGACUGUCGAGGACAUGCACACGACGGAGAUGUCGUUGGUGGGUGACGAGGCCCAAGAAGUGACACUGGAGCUGCUCGACACCUCUGGCUCGAUGCAGUUCCCGGCCAUGCAGGCCCUGCACGUGGCCCGAGCUGAUGGGUUCGUCCUGGUCUACUCGGUGACCGACCCGGAGUCCUUUGAAGAGGUUCGCAGACUGAGAGACGUGAUCCUGGCAGCACGUUGCAGCGAUGACGACGUGCCAGUGCCCAUCGUAAUCGUGGGUAAUAAGACGGACUGCGCCGCCGGCCAGCAGAAAGUGGCGUCCAUCACCGCCGAAACGAUCGUCACGAUCGACUGGGAGCACGGAUUCGUGGAAUCGUCGGCUCUCAGUGGCCAACACGUGGCCGACAUCUUCCGGGAACUGCUCAAACAAUCCCGACUGGAACUGGAUCUGGACGACGGCGCCAUGGAAAGGCGCCGGCGCUCUUUUCCCGUCUGCUCCGACCACCCCAAGCGCCGGGAUUUCCAGCGCAAACGUAAUUCCUGCAUCAUCAACUAAAAGUGCAUAAUCAUCACCUUUUUUUAAUUUUAUUUAUUCAUUCAAUGAAAACUCACUUUGAACGAGAUCUUCCUGAUACGUGCAACUGCUGGUGAAAGACAAAGAAAGCCGUCUCUUUUUUUUUUUUUUAUUCUUACGAGGGACGACUUCACUUUUUUUUUUUUUUUGAAGACUGGAAAAACUAUUCCGAGUAUGAAUCCAUUACAUGAUACAGUAAAUUCUUAACAAGGAAAUAAUUUGGGGACCAUUAGAAUGACUUUUCGGAAUGAGCGUCAAUUUAAAAUCAAAUUAAUAGAUUAUUGUUACUUGAAUAUUGCUUUUCAUGUUUUUUUUUUUACAUUGACGAAUUCCGUUUCUAGAAGUGAGAGAAAUAUUUCGGGAAUGAAUUCUCUGUACUAAAACUAUUGCAAUUAAUUAUGCCUCGAAAUUUCCACAACUCUUUGCAUUCUCGAAUUGAAAUUUUACUACGGUAUUUUCAUUUUCUUCAGAUCUUCAGAAAAAGUAUUUUGUUUUAAUGUUUUCGAUUGAAAAACGUCCCGAAAUUCUUGCUCGCUACGGUGGAAAUGCUUCCUCGUGUGAGGAUUGGUGAAUAUUUUUUUGUCAACGAAUUCUUCAGAUUUUGGUGAGAGAGUCUCGGAAUAUUUUUUUGCACGAAAGUCCCCGGGAAUUUAAUUUUGAUCGCGUGAGGUAAAAUGAUUUCACGCCAAAGAAAUUCGAAAGCAUUCGCGUGAAUGCAUGCGACUUGUGGUGAUUGGGAAAAGCUCAGUGUUCGCUUUAUUCGAAAAGAAGGAGAACAUUUUGAAAGUAAAAAUUGGAGAGCUCGGUUUGAUUGCUCGUCGUUCCCAAGUGUGUGUUUUUUUCAUUGUAUUGCUGCAGAAAAUCGCAGAAUUUGUUGUCGUGUCGUCAAGAUCCGUUUCGCAGUUUUGCGGUGGGAUGUGAAGGAUGUUCCAAUUAUUGGAAGAACAUUUUUAUGUUGAGGUAAAAAAAAAUUUGAAAAAUUGCCGCGAAGCUGCUUUUCGUAAAUUGCUUCCGUGUGCUCUUCCGGUUUUUGUUGUUGUGUACGAGUGAAGCAAUAAAAACACUUUACCGGCUCUAAAA